UCUGUGGUAGGUUUGUCUUGUUACCAGAGUUGGGAUAAUGUUAUAUACAGCUGUUUUUCUCGCUUCCAAGAUUCAUGGCAGAAUGAGAAGAACCUAGAAGUAAAAUGUGCACCAAAUUCCUUCAUGGCUUCUUUAAAAAACGCCUCCAGAGUCGUCAGUGAGAUUUCUUUUUAAUCCACAGCUGCUUUUGAUGAGGUAAUGUCUAAGAAAUGUUCUCGUGGUAUUUCCACUGGUAACCAGCAGUAGCUUCGGGAUCUACUAGUUGUGUUUACAAACUUGAAAUCCGGCACAGUCUUUGGCUGGUGCCCGCGGCUCCUCGUACAAGUUUUGGGAAGCCAUGAGGACGGUGGAGCAACUCUACAGGAAGGGCUUGUUGUUGUGCCUUUUAGCUUGGCGGCUCGGAUCAAAAAGUCUCGGUGUGUUUGAGGGUAUCAUUGAAUGGGGCGGUGUGUUUUGAUCUCGCCUGCCUUUGUGCAACCACUGUUUCUGAGCCGUCAGGGGGUCCGCGGUCCGACCGGUGGAGGGGGACACGGCGGAGGGACUCUGGGCUGCCGUGCUCCGUGGUGAAUGCAGACCAGUCCACUUUGGCUCCAUGUGAGACGACUUUGGGGAGAUUCUGGUUCGGGAAGGCCUGCUUAGGUGUCGUCUCUGCUCCGACAACAAAGGAAACGACUGUUGCUUGUUAAAUUUCACUUCUGCGGCCGCUCUCAGACAAACACCGAGAACGUUGAAGUGGCAAACAGCCGCUUAAACCUAAGUUGGUAAAUUAGGACUGAGUUUGCCAACGACGCCUGCGCAAUUUGUGCGCACACCCGAGCGCGCUCCCUUCAAGUCGUUUUUAAAGUGAAUUCUGUAGUUACUGUACCGGUCCACAUACAGUGUGAGUGCGUGUGUGAGGAUGGUGGAGAGCCAGAGCUGUGUUCACAGAGAGGGGGUGUACCGCUGGUUCUCCUCACUCAACUCAGCCCAGAGGGCAGAGUUCCUGUGCGGCCUGCUGGACCUUUGCGUCCCCAUCGAGCUCCGUUUCCUCGGCUCGUGCUUGGAGGACUUGGCUCGCAAGGACUACCACUCUCUACGGGAUGCGGAGAUCAAAGCCAACAACCCCGUCGACCUGUCGGGCCUUACCAACAUCACAGAUGAGGUGGUGCGCAGCAAGCUGCUGGUGUCCCUCGCACUGCUCGGUUCAGACAACCGGGAGGCUGCGGGGGUCCUGUACCGGACCCUGACCCACAUAGACACGGUGAUCAAUAACUACGGCCUGGCGCUGAACGAUGGGAGGACAGAGGAGCAGUUUCUGCUGCUGUUCACCAUGGCAUCCAACCACCCCGCCUUCAGCUUCCACCAGAAGCAGGUGCUGAGGCAGCAGCUCAGCCAGAUCCAGGACAUCCUGCAGGCAAGCAGUGGAGGAGGAGGAGGAGGAGAAACUCAAGCUGCAGGGCCGAGCGGUGAACGAGCUGCCAUCUGUUACGCUCAGCCGCAUCACCACUAUCACCGUCACUCGGUGUCCCUGCCUCUGUCCCCCCUGUCUCCCACUGCCUGCUCCCUGCCUCCCACUGCCUGCUCUCUGCCUGAUGCCAGCGCUGCCUACCUGCCUCUGUCUGCCUGCCAAGCUUGCCUCACACACUGCACCUGCUGGCACAAGAGCCAGACCAGAGAGACCGGCACAGUAUUAGGAGCUGCUUUGGGACAAGGAGACCAAACAGUCAGCCAGGACCUGACUUCUCCCCACCAAGAACUCCGUCCUCCACCACCUCCUCCUCCUCCCCCUCCUCCACCACCUCCUCUGCCGCCCCCUCAUCUGCCUUCUUCUCCACCUGCUGGGCAAAGUCAGGAUGCGGCAACUAAGAGCCAGCAGGGGAAUUCUGGAAAAGCGGUGAUUGAAAGGGUGGUGCUGAAAGGAGUUCCUCACAAGCCUGAAGACUCCAGCGAGUAUAGUUUUGAGGUUAGCUGGACCAAUGGGUUGGUAGUAUCUGUUGUAAGAACUCAGCAGGAGGUAGCAGAGCUGCUGACUCAGCUGUCACGAGCAUUUCCUGAUGGAGUGGAGAAGUUCCCGCCUCAGUCCAUGGAACUGGAUCCCAGGUGUCUAACAGCCCUGCCCUGCCAUGUCCUCCAGCACCAAAGUAUCCAGCUGUUCUUUACCUCCACCAGGCCUCUCUCACCCAACUGUCCCUCCUCACCCCUCUCCUCCCCACUUGCAUCCUCACUACCAACCUCUCCUAUAGCUCCAUCCUGCCCGUUCACCUCCAGCUCCAAUCUUGGCUGUAUGAUGCAGUACAAAGGAGGUAACAGGGUGGUGUACAGAGUGGCCAGCGUCCAGCCCGUCAUCAGCACCCACAACUCCAUCUUGACUCGCUCCACUCCUCACUUGUCCUCCCUUUCCUCCCCUCCUCUUCCGACUCCGGCUCUCCUACCUUCCAUUCCUCCUCCCCAGCACUCCCCACAGCUCUCCUCUCUCCCUCCCCCCGUGCCAGCCCUGCCAGCACGUGGCUCUUCAGGCAGCGGGGGCGACAGCUCCUCCCAACCGCAUCCUCAGCAUGGUCAGCUUCAUUUAUACCCACAGCCCUCCCAGCACCACCUUCAUGCACAAACCAGCAGCCAGCCCAGUACGCAGCCUCAGACUCUGCACCUGUCCCAUUCCCAACCAUCGUCCCAUUCACAUUCACAGUCCCGCUCCCAGUCCCAUAAUCAAUCGCUCUCCCAGUCUCAGCCCAAUACGCCAGAGCAGAACGGCAUCCUGGACUGGCUCCGCAGGCUCCGCCUCCAUAAGUAUUACCCCGUCUUCAAACAGCUCACCAUGGAGGAGUUUUUAGCUCUGACAGAGGAGGACCUGAACAAGUACGACCUCACCCAAGGAGCAAAGAAGAAACUGAAGACCCAACUAGAACUCCAAAAGUCUGCAGAGGAGAUGAAGAUGGAGAAGCGGCCGUGCGGUGGCAUUGCCAGGGUGAUGCCUUCCAGUCACAUGGGACCCUCAGCUCACUCCACCUCCAGUGCAGGAGAACUGCGAGUGGAGGUGGACGCCGUGCCGCACCACCACCCUGUCUCCACAGACAGCAGCUCGUCCUCGGGCUACUCCAGCUCUUCCUGCUCCCCUCGCACCCCACACAGUUGCGACUCCACCUUUGACAGGACCAGAGACAUUCACAGACAUACAGCAGGAAGUGGUCCAGAGAAGGAUCGGCCCUGCAUGUUCAUUCUGAACUCGACAGGCUCCAGUCGCCCCACAGCCCAGGUUCUGCCCGUCCAAACCGAUCCAGCUCCUCCUCUUCCUCCCACAUGCUCCUCCCACCUCCCCUUCGGCCUCCCGCAAUCUGCUUAUCAUCCACAGGGCGGUUACCCACAGACGCUGCUCUCCCCGGUCUCAAACCCAGCACGCAUCCUCACCUCCCCUCGCAAGCCCAGGCCCCCUCCGCUGGCCACAGAGGACCGGACUAAGCCGUUGGGCUCGAGCCUUCCUGUGGCCGGUGCAAGCUUCAGUUCAGGGCUCGGGGUGGGGGCUGGGGUGGGGGUAAGACGGGAAAACCUGUUCUCCAGGGUCAACAUGGAUGGCUCGUCUGGACUCCAGGACUCUGUGGUUUGUCGUGGUCUUGCGGGAGGUGGUGUUAGUCUGAUGGUAGAAACCAGCUGCGCUCUGACCUCCACCUCCAACAGCCACCACCACGUUUCCCACCCCCCUGUCCACUUCCACCUCUCAUCCUCUUCCUCCCCUUCUCCAUCUGGAUUUUACUCUUACCCCCCUGUAUCCUCAUCCUCCUUCGCGUCUUUCUCCGCUUCCUCCUCCUGCACCUCCUCAAAAUCCACCUCUCAGACUGGCAGCUCCAGUGGUGGAGGUAGCUAUGUUCCCAUGGCAACAGCAAGCACAGUUCCUGUGGCUGCAGUCCCGGGCAACACUUACUACCCACCCCAGCAUACCUCCAGCCCCUCUCCUUCGCCCUCCUCUGCUUCUUCAUUGGAUCAAAGUUCUGGUCACAGUCCUUCCGUAUGUGUUUGCAGUUCUUGCGGUUGUCGAGGGAACUGCGGCGCCUACGGGGCGUUCCCUGGAUACGCCGCAGCCAGCUACCUGCAGCCGUUCUCAGCCGGGCCCUCACUCUUCACCCUGGGUCCUCUGCUCCAUCUCAGCCCCCUGAUAGCGUCGUCUAGCAACGCCGGCACAGGCGCUGCACCAUUCUCCUACCCAAUGAUGGUACCGCCGCCCCUCUACCGCCACAGCCCGCUGUCACAUGACCAGCAGCAGGGGUUCAGCUUUUACCAGCCCCAUGGCAUCAUGGGAAACGGUGGGCAAAAAAGGGCAUCUGGGAACCUGUCAUGUUAUAACUGCGGUGCCCACGGACACAGAGCCGAGGACUGCAAACAGCCACCCAUGGAUGCGACACAGCAAGGGACAUUUCGCUUGAAGUACACACCUCACUCUGACAGCAAGGACUCAGGAGACUAA